AUGUUUAUGCUCCGUAAUGUGAGCAAGUUUCUCUUUGGAGAUACUUCGAAGGAAUCUAUCAUUGAAAUUCCCCAGGGCCAGCUAUAUCUAGUCCGUCCCCUUUCUCCCAAGGGAUAUUCGGAACUUAUUUUCAAAGACGCUGCGGCAACUAUUCGACGUACCGGUCAGGAGUUUCAGUAUCAACUUGUUAUCCAGCGAGCCUACGAGGAGGGUGAGGAGGAGCUUGCUGACGACGAGGACGACCAAGUUGCCAGCGACAGCCUCGACAAGGACGAGAAGGUUUUCCUGCUAGAUCAAAGUCUGCAUUUCCGCGGAGAAGUCCGCGAGGGAGGCUCGAAAAUCCUUGCUUGGAAUGAUUUGAGUGGCGACGUUGGUGAUCUUUUCGAGUUCGUGUGCGACCCAUCUGUACCCGCAGAUAAGGUCUGUACCUUUGAGUUGGCAGCUCUACAGUGUCAGUACGAAAGGAAAUACAGGAGGAGCGCUCAGAAGGCAACCGAGCAGGAGCUGCAAGAGUUUUCCUUCCAGGAAGAGAAACCAGUCCCGUCCGCGAGUCCCAUUGCCUCACCUACAAAAACCAGCGUACAACCACUACCGACCGCCGAAGAAUCCGCCACUGCCAUGGCAGGUGAUGUCGAGUAUUCGCGCUCCAAGGGUCUCAUCAAACCUGUCGGCGAGGAGAAACCUACAGUGGCUCCGCCCUCUGCAGCUCAGCCAGAAGCUCUGGAGACUCUGGCUAAGGAGAAGGCCGAACUGCAUCUUUUCGAUUUCUCCACUGGGACGUUCAUUCUCCAAGAUCCCAAUGUUGUUGCUAGUGUCUCUGAAGUGGGCCCCUGGCAGUACUGGCUGCAGAUCAGUGGUGAGGAUAAAGAAUGGCUCGGACAAGCUGUUGUGGCCGACAUCAAUCCGGUCUUUAACUUUGAAUAUCUGUCAUUCAUCUUCAAUCAUUACGAUGAAGAUGGGUCUGCUUACUCAUGGCUUCUUCGCUUUAAGGAUCAGCCCACAGAGGAAAGGUUCCAGGAAGGUCUAAUGCAGGCGCUUUGGGAGCAAUUGAACGAGAUGAAAUGGAGCAAAGUCAAGGAGAACGAUCGCGAGUACGUGAUGGACGCAUUCCAAGAUCUCACAUUGGAGGAUGCCGACGCGGAAGAGCAAGAUGAAGCUGAAGUCGAGGCCGAAGAAGAGGAAGAGGAGGAAGAGGAGGAAGAGGACGCAGGCCAACGUAGCGAGCAUUAUGACACGGACGAGGAGCAGGAAGAUGUCAUCACGCGUGACACUGAUGGGAACGUCAACUCUCAAUUGGCGGUCGGCUACAAGCACGAUCGAUCGUUCGUUGUUCGUGGAUCUAAGAUUGGCGUUUUCAAGCACACACCCGACAAUAACCUCGAGUUCUCGACCAAUAUCUCCAAGGUUGAGACUCCCAAGGGCAAGCUAUUCAGCCCGAAGAAGGUUAUGCUGCAUGCUGAGGAUCGCAACAUGAUCCUUCAGAAUGGAGACGAUCCAAACUCGCUCUAUCGCAUGGAUCUGGAAUACGGCAAGAUUGUUGAUGAGUGGAAGGUUCACGAUGAUAUCCCAGUGACGACCUUUGCACCAGAAAACAAAUUCUCCCAAAUGACAUCCGCUCAACCGUUCAUCGGUAUCUCUCAAAAUGCCCUCUUCCGAAUCGAUCCCCGUUUGGCAGGCAACAAAUUGGUCGAUGCGGACCUGAAGCAGUACGCCAGCAAGAAUGACUUCAGUGCCGUGGCGACGACCGAGAAGGGGUACCUUGCCGUUGCCUCUAACAAAGGCGAUAUCCGCAUGUUUGACCGCUUGGGAAUCAAUGCCAAGACCCAUAUUCCUGCCCUGGGAGAGCCUAUUAUCGGUUUGGACGUAUCUGCGGACGGCCGCUGGGUUUUGGCUACUUGCCGAACCUAUCUGUUGCUCAUUGACUCGCUCCAGAAAGAAGGUAAGAACGAAGGCAAGCUCGGCUUCGAGCGCUCUUUCGCCAAAGACUCGAAGCCUCAACCUCGCCGUCUGGGUCUCACUCCUGCCCACGUCGCACAAUUCCAGCACGAAACCAAGAAGCCUAUCUCCUUCACUCCGGCUCGUUUCAACACUGGUGUUGAAUCUCAGGAGACUUCCAUUGUCACCGCCACUGGUCCUUUCAUCAUCACCUGGAGCAUGAAGAAGGUCGUUGCCGGGCGCAAGGACCCUUAUACGAUCAAGCGGUAUGCUGAGGAGGUUAUGGCCGAUAAUUUCCGGUUUGGUUCAGACAAGAAUGUCAUUGUGGCGCUGCCCAAUGAGGUCAACAUGGUUGCGAAGAGGACCUUCCAGAAGCCCACUCGGGAGAGCAUUGCAGGACCUCCUAUGACGCCUAAACGCCGUAGCACCCGAUGGGGCAGUCGAUUGGGAAGAGACGAUAUUGUCAAUUCUCCAUACUGA